CAAGCAGAGAGCAUGCCUCUCCUGCUCACUCAUCCUCACCGCUAGCGACUUCAAGAAGAGCGGCUGCCCCAAUUGUCCUUUCCUAGCAAUGAAGUCAGAUGGCGAGAGAGUGCUUCAGUGUACCACCGGAACCUUCGAGGGUGUCGUAGCGAGCGUGAAGCCACAAGAAUCAUGGGUCGCCAAAUUCAGUCGGAUAGAAAACUUUAUACCAGGCGCCUACGCGUUACGCAUGACAGGCCAGCUGGACCAAGAGACGCAAGAAGCGCUCGAGGAAGCAGGGCGCUACAUCCGCGGCAGACCCGAAGACGACUGAUCCAUCCAUGCUUUAUGUUGUUGUCUAUCGCGCUCUGUCUGCGUCGAACCGUCUGCAUACUGUCACAACACUCAACAUGGCUAGCUCUCUAGGGCCAGAUCUGAUCAUUGGAGGAAAGGGUUGCAGCGACAUAUCGAGGCUCGAACGCCAAAAGAGGCAAAACUGCCCAGAGCGAGUCCUGCCGUCAGAGCAAAUGCGAGCAGAGUCGCCGCUGUAUCUAUCUCGUGCUGCUCCA